UCGAUUUACCUCGCGUUUGUAGCCUUUCUCAAUCCACCCUCACCCAAUCACCUACCACCUAACCAAACAACAUCAUCUUUCCUUGCCUUCACAACAACUUCCGUUGUAAUCAGUGAAGUCCUUUCCUUAUAAACCGUCCUCUUUUAUGCGACAGUAAAAACCGACAUGUCCUACGAGCCACGCGGCGAUCAUGCCGCGCAAGGCGGGCACGAUUCUGGCGGCUUUGUAAGAGCCAGAGGUCGACGUCCUGUCACUGAUUAUGGUUCCACACUUGCUCAUUGGAUGCGCAACCGCGAACCACGCUUCAAGGGAGCCUUCAAAGGCGAAGCUGAACGUCCCAGUGCUAGUUACAUUGUUGACAUGUUACCACCCUUGGCAAGAGUAACCAAUCCGGCUGACUCUGUUCCUACCAAGCACCUCCAUUCAUCUCUCAACAAGAUAAAGCACCCCGUGAAUGUUGUGCGAUGGACUCCUGAGGGACGCAGACUGCUCACCGCAUCGAGCAGCGGUGAAUUUACUCUAUGGAACGGUACCGGUUUCAACUUCGAGACCAUCAUGCAAGCGCAUGACGUUGCUAUUCGGGCUUUAGCCUAUUCUCACAGCGACGAUUGGCUGAUCUCAGCUGACCAUGACGGCAUCAUCAAAUACUGGCAACCGAACUUUAACAACGUCCAAGUGAUCCAAGGUCAUACCGACCCCAUCCGAGAUCUCGCAUUCAGUCCCAAUGAUUCUAAAUUUGUCACGGCAUCGGAUGAUUCGUCGCUUAAGAUAUUCGACUUUGCUGGAGGUGUGUCUGAAUCGACGCUUCAAGGACACGGCUGGGAUGCAAAGAGCUGUGACUGGCAUCCCACGAAAGGCUUGAUAGUUUCGGGAUCCAAGGAUCAUCUUGUCAAACUCUGGGACCCUCGGACUCAGCGAUGCCUCACUACCCUCCACGGCCACAAGAAUACCAUUACGAAGACCUCGUUUGAGCGCGUCAUGGGCUGGUGUCUUGCAACUUCAGCGCGAGAUCAGACCGCGAGAAUCUUCGACAUACGAAUGAUGCGAGACAUCUGCCUUCUUAGAGGCCACGAGAAGGACAUUUCAACCCUUGCAUGGCAUCCGAUCCAUUCGAAUCUACUGAGCACUGGAGGUAGCGAGGGAUCUUUAUUCCACUACCUAUUAGACGAACCUAAUACACCACCUGGCCAAGCCAUUAGCACGGCCGUCUACGAAAGCCCAGAUCCAUUGACAGCUCCCGCGCAGUCCAUAUACCCGACGCACAAGGUUCCAUUCGCUCAUGAUUUCGCGAUCUGGUCCCUCGAUUGGCACCCUCUUGGCCACGUUUUGGCAUCAGGCUCGAAUGACCGCAUUACGAGAUUCUGGUCCCGCGGUAGACCUGGUGAGACGGAUAUCUUCCAAGAUAGAUAUCACAUUGGUGAAGCGGCCGCCGAAGCUCAAGGGACCUGGGACCGACGCGGUGGUCGCCGUCAACGCCAAGAGGAGGAAGAGCAGGAGCUUGAAGACGAGAUGGAAGGUUUGGUUGAUCAGAAGAUGCCGCUUAAGCAACCAGUAUCCGCAUUCCCGGGCCUUCCUGGUCUUUCCUUGCCCGUGAACGGAAUUCCACCACCUCCUAUUCCCGGAGUUAGUUCUGCUCCCACUUCAGUUACCGCUCCACCUCUGCCGUUCCCUAUCCCUGGUGCAGCCGGUGCUCCGCCGCUUCCGCUACCUGGUGGCUUGGAUCCCACCAAUCCAGCCGAUUUUGCUAAGAUAGCGGAGCUUAUGCAGAAGGCUGGCUUACCUCCUCCUCCACCUCCGGGCAUGCUGCCACCUGGUUUUAUCCCGCCUCCUAACUUUGCGGCUCCACCGGGUUUCAUACCCCCUCCACCCCCUGUCUUUGCAUCAGGAGGGGUCGACAUGCAAGCUGACGGCAGCAACGGCGGCCGGAGACGUGCACCUCUUCCUAGUCAAGAAGAGAGUUUGCGAAUGGAGCAGAAGAGGGGAAAUUACACUCGGGUCCGCUAGUGCCCUUCGAGUCCCAUUCCCCUUUUGCCUCAGACAUACGCAAACGUGCCGUCCCCAUCUGCCCAAACCACCCGCGGAACAAGCUCAGGAUACUCAGGAAACCUCGGAUGCACUGGACUUUCUAGUCCAGAUAGGGUGGGGUGUCCC